UGUCAAAAACUGUUAUGCUAAUAUAAAAAUGAAAUAUUUCAAAGGUUUCUGAUUUUAUUUUUACCGAGUGCAAUUUCAUGUUGCUAUUCAAUGCAGACUCCUUUACACUUUUUAAUCCUACACGGAACAACAACUUUUAGCUCCAGUGAUAACCUAGUCUUAUGUGGACCAAGGAUACUGUUAUCAUAUUCCAAAUACCCCUUUGAGACGACCCCCCACAUAACCGACAUUUUACGCACACAGUGUGUUGGUCGUGUGCACUAGACUACGGAAGAUCCACUGGUACCCCGUGUAAACAUUACAACGACAAUGGCAGCAUCGACAGAAGGGAAAUACCAGUUUCUGGGGCGGUCAGGACUAAAAGUGUCGAAUAUCUGCCUGGGAACAAUGACAUUUGGAAAAGCUGGGGGCGGUCAUCCCGCAUUUUCAAGUCCUACACAACUUGAUGAGACGAAAGCGCACGAGAUUUUAGAUAGAUAUGCCGCUCUCGGAGGGAACUUUAUCGACACUGCCAAUAUGUACUGUUUCGGUCAAUCGGAGGAAAUCAUAGGAACGUGGUUAAAAAAACAAAAGCGUAGCAACUUUAUCAUCGCCACAAAACUUCGUGCCAAAAUGGGGGAUGGUCCCAAUGACGUCGGUUUGAGCAGACGACACAUUAUACAGAUGUGUGAGGACAGCCUACGUCGACUACAUACUGAUUACAUAGACCUGUAUCAGACACACUGCUGGGACUACGCCGUCCCAAUAGAAGAGACACUCCGUGCUCUGGAUGAUCUCGUCAAAGCUGGAAAAGUCCGGUACUUAGGAGUCAGUAACGUGAAUGGCUGGCAGAUGCAGAAGAUAGUGGACACGGCUAAAUCCUUAGGUCUGUCUAACGUCAUCAGCCUACAGCAACAGUAUAAUCUACUAUGUAGACAUUCUGAGUGGGAGGAGUUCCAGGUAUGCCGUAACGAGGGACUAGGUGUCAUGGUUUGGAGUCCUUUAAAGGGCGGGAUGCUAACUGGAAAAUUUCAACGGGGCCAGAAGCCAGAAGAUUCGGGAAGUAGGAUUGGUCACGUGCACAAGAACGAGAAAACAGCGAUAUCCAGCUGUCCUGCUUGGAGUUGGUAUGCCGAAGACGAGGCUUACUGGAACCUGGUGGAUAUAAUGAAGAAGGCGGCGACAAACCAUGGUAAAUCUGUGCCCCAGGUGGCACUGAAAUGGUUACUUCAGAAGAACGUGGUAUCGUCUGUAAUAAUUGGCGUAACAUCUAUAAAACAACUGGAGGACAAUAUGGCGGCGGGAGGAGACUGGUGGCUCACACAGGACGAGAUGACUAAUAUGGACCAGGCCACAGCACUACCCAGUACAUAUCCUUACAACCAACUUGAGCGUAUGAAUGCCGGGCGAAGUAAUCCCUGUCUUUCUUUACCAUUUGUGGAAAAUGUGUUCAAAUAAUGGACUGUUUGUGACAAGGCGAGCUGAAUGCUUUCGAAUUAUGAUUAUGUAUUGUUCCACCACUGCAAAAUAUGAUAUAAAUAAUCAGAGCUGUGUUUAAUAUUUUUAUAUUCUAGAGUUGUCUUCCCUGAAACCGAUCAUAAAACAGUAUUUCCGAAUCACGUUGACCAUCACGCAUACGUUUUAUGAUCGAUGUCUUAAAUAAGAUCUCUAAUCAUUCGUAAAAUAACGUCAACAAUUUACAAACAAUUGUCAGGAAAAGGAUUACUAGUUAUUGUAUUAAAAUCAUGAUGCAUUUAA